AUGGCAAGGGCGCGAGUGCGGCCGGGCCGACAAGGGCCUGGGCACUGGGGCGCAGCCCUCACCCGGCUCCCUGGCUGCUGCCGGCGCCCGGCGACGGCUUCCUCGGGCAGCGCCUUUGUUUUCCCGACUGCAGUUACGUUUGCGGAAGUGCUGCUCGCGCCGGGCGCACCGGGGGUGCAGGCUGUAGCUGCCCUCAGCGCCCCAAAAGAUGACAACCGACUCGGGAUCCAAGGGGAGGGAGACAGUAGCGGGCGAGCGGGGCUGGGAGCGGAGACACCCCCCCACGCCCUGGGGCCAGGCCCCUCCUCGGAAGCCUUUCAGCGACUGCAGGUGUGCGCGCCGCAGGGGGCUCCUCGCCCUCCGGCCGGGCCCGGCCCCUGCAGGGGAGCCCAGGGUGGGGCUACCCCGCCGCCCCGCCGAGCGCGCCCCCUUCCCCCUCGCGCCGGGCUCCGACUCACCUGCGGCGGGCGGCGACGGCGGCGAGAGCUCAGCUGCGCGGGGCGCGGGGAGCCAUCUCCCCCGGGCACGGGGCGGCGGCUCCGGGCGCCGGGGCGGCGGCUGUCGAGACGGCGCUCGCCAUCUCGGGCGGGUCACUGGUUCCUCGGGAGCUGCGGCGGGGCGGGGCGCGGCGGAGGGAUGCGGGCCGGUGGGGGGACCGGGAGCGGCGAGCCGAGCGUACCGGUCGGCGCGACCUUCUCUCCUCCUCCUCCUCUGGCCCGGCCUCCGCCGCUCGCUGCCGGCUGGACCCGUUUCAGGGCUGAGCGCCGAGGACCCGCCGCCAGGUGCAGCGCUCCGCCUCCUGCGGCGGCGGCGGAUGCGUCGGCGGCUGCUCCUCCCGGCCUCCCGCCAGCCCUGGCGGCCCCGGGGGACCCACCGCCCCAGCCCUGCCGGGGAGGCGCGCCGCGAAGGGGGAGAGCAGACGCGAGGGUCUAUCCCCAGGUCCCCGCACCCCGGCUCCCGGCUAAGAGCCCCCCCACCCCGACCCCAGGCAAAAGAUGCAGGCCUAGCUCCGGGGGGAGGGGGCGGAGAGUAGAUGGCCGGCUGGUUGGGAAUUGUAAUAAUAAUAAUAAUAAUAACAACAGUAGCAACAACAAUAAUAGCCAUCGUUUGUAGGGCAUUUAUUCAGUGCCAAGCAGAAUGCUAACACUAUUAAUGCGUUGCCUCAGCGUCUCUCGGCCAGCGGUGGCUGUGGCCGACUGUCCUCAGUUGACCUGGGAGAGAGGAGCUUGGCAAGAGACAGGAGGCAAACAACCAGGGUUUCAGGACUCACCGGGGAAGGGCUGAGACUAAAGCACUCUUUCAAACUGAGAAAGUGCUACGGAGUAUCUGGCAGCUUGCUGAAGAGGAUAAGCCAUGCAUGUUAAGGAGCCGGAAAAGUACACCCACUUACACCCAUCUUCCACAUGCUUGCUGAAGCACCCUUCCAGAACUUCUCAUCAAUGAAAUAAGAAAAUAAAAGAAAAACAGGAUGCUCCAGAACAUAUCCUUUGGCCCCCAGAGGGCGCAAGGCCGAAAGAAGUCAGAGGUGAGAGUUUAAUCCCUCCAGAUGGUGGCGCUACCUCCUCACCAGGGCUGCUAACCAGGAUGGGAAAAGUGGUCCCGCCCACCUCAGACGACUUUCAACAUGGGAUUCUAGUAGUCCAAGGACUGUAUUUAACUCUACCUCUGGUUUUUGAAGUGCAGUAAAUAUGCAAAAAUUAAAGAAACCUCUUUACCCUA